AUGUGUUCUAACAUUUUCAUCAUUCUAGUAUUUUUAAUUUUACUUUUAUUUAUUAAACAUAUGAAAUAAUUACGUAGUUUUUAAUAAUGUUUGUGCAAGUUUUAAUUUAUGUUAAUUUUUCCUAACAUUAUUAAAAUAUUCUGAUGAACAAAAUCUUUGCUACAAGAAUUUAAAAUAUUACCAUAUUCAAAGUGCAACGAAUAAUUCUUUCUCUUCAGUGAAACUAAAGAUAAGCAAUAGUAAAUAUAAAGUAUCUAAGAUCUUCAAAAAGUUUAAUUUCUCUGAUUAUGCAGAUUAAAAUAAAACCUUACUCAUAACAUUAUUAUACAUGAUGUAAAUUUAUUUAUUAGGAAGUGUAUAUAUUAGUAUAAAAGAAGCAUCCUUAAAUAUUUUCUGUACAUUUUUUUAAGUACUAUUAACUUUAUCUACAUAUACAUUUACAUUCAAUAUAAUGAUAAUUUGAACAUGAAAACACGAAAAUUCGAUAUCUUUCUGUGAUAUCAAAUAUGAUUGGAGUUGACAAGAAGUAAAAAUCUAGAAUUAGUUAUUUUAAAUAGUUAAUUCAUUUUGUUCAGAAAGAUUUUCUCCAACAAGACAGUACUAAUAAAUCAACCGAAUUAUAAUUUGUAUAUGAUUUUAAAGAAUUUAAAUUAUCUUUUUUUUUUGGGACAUUAUUUUCGUAAGAAAAGGUACGAAUAAAUUUAUAUUUUGCAGUAAUAAAUAACAGCAUUUAGUGGUAUCAGUGUUACGUCCGUAGAAAAUGCAUGUUCAUCAGGCAAAUGUUAAGAAUAUCUAUGUAUAUUCAAGUAGUUUCUGUAAAAUGAUCGAGUAAUUUGUUAAUUAUUUAGUAAACUUAGGAUAAUGUAAAUUUUAUCCCUAGUGCGAAUGCAUCUUGGACAAAGGCGCCAUUGGAAGCCAUUGAUUUAAUUUCCUUACAGUUCCAAAAAUAGGGGAACAUAAACAAACAUAAACAUCAAAGUUUUCGAUCAGAGUUUCGCCUCUGUAAAACUACUCUGUAAUACCAACGUAAUAGCUGUGAAAUUAACUUAGUUUACACUAUAUCGUACACCGUAUCUCCAACAUAUACUGUUUUGACAGUUCAAGCGGAUCAGCAUAUCAAUAAAAUGGGUAAGGUGAAAGACAUAAGCACAGAUGAAGAUAUGGGUGUAGAAACUAAUGAAGUGUCGCCACAAAAAAGGCAUAAAAAGCAUAAGCAUAAGAAGCAUAAGAAGAAGAAACCAACACACAAUGAAAGUGAUAGCUUUAAUGAUACUGCUGUCGAAACAGAGAAGAAGAAAACAUUUAGAGUUAAAAUGAAAAAGGAUGAUGAUAAAAGUUCUGAAAAGCCUCGCGAAAAAGUGCUGAAAUCAUCUAAUCUCAGUGUCGCAGGUUCAAGUACUGCUCCAUCGCCAAAAGCUACAACAAAGAAAAAAGUACCAAAAAGUAAUAAAGGUAAAGAGAGUGGUACUAGUAGUGAGGAGGAACGAUGGCUCGAUGCAAUAGAAUCUGGGAAACUGGAGGAGGUUGACGAUGAAUUGAAAAAGAUCAAACCAAAGGAUCCAAAAUUAAUGACAGCUCGCCAAAGAGCUAUGUUCGAAAGAAAGACUGAUACAGAACCAAAUCCAGGUGUAGAACAACUUAUGUCUUUACCAACUGGAUACAAAGAAAAAGUUAUGACGGCUGAAGCCAUACAAAAGGCUGCUCUUAAAUCUUUAAAAAGAAAACAACUUGCCGACGAGAAAAGGGAAAAAGAUAAGAAAAAAACAAUGGAAAGAUUAUUGAAGAAGCAAGAGUCUAAAGCUUCUAAAGUUAUUAGUAAAGGAAAACCUUCCAGAAGACAAGUUCCUUUAGUUACAUAUCGUUUAACACUAGAAAGAAGUUCAAUAUCUUUACCACCGGGAGAAAAUUUUCCAUUGCAGCCUACAAAAGGGAAAGACCCUCCAAGCAAAGUCCUUUGCGGCGUAAAUCAAUGCAGAAAUCCGAAAAAAUAUUCAUGUUCAAAAACUGGAGUACCGCUGUGCAGUUUAGAGUGUUAUAAAACUAAUUUAGCAAUAUCUACAUGAAUGUAGCAUAUGUCAAUAGUUACAUUCUACUGUCUUUCACUGUUGUAGACUUGCUUUAUUCAAGAUCUAAACACAACUAUUAAUUUAUUUAUUUUGAUGUUCAUUUAUUACUGCUAUUAACAAUUGAACUAAUUUAAUGUGUCAAUAUUUGUUCCCAUUUUACAUCGUUCUUAAGUUCACAGAAGAAUCGAUCAAAGGAAUUUUGUUUCCUUCAUACAAACUUAGGACACAACAAAGUUCCAAGUACAUAACGGAAAUUUAUAGUAAAAAAAGUGACUGGCAUUGUUGAUCCUAGACAAAUUUUUUCAAGUAGAAAAGAGUCAUAGUUUAUCUCAGUUAUGUGUCCAAACUUGACCCCAUCAAUGCAAUACAUAUUGGAGUCUUGCGUGUAUAUUAUCAUUGAAUUCCUUGGAAAAAGAAAAGGAAGAGGAAAACAGAAUGUAUUAUAUAUGGAAAAAAUUAAAAAUUAAAUUAAGUAAAAACCAUUGUCUCUAGAUUCAGUCAUUAAUUGAUGGCUGCUUUGUAAAUACUUUUGUACAUGCAAUUAUCUGUACAUUUUUACAUAAAUAGAUAAUUACGUU